UUUGAAUUCGUCCAACGUUGUUGGCGAUCUAGUUUGCUGUACACCCAUUUUGACCCGGUCUCAAUCGAAAUGUCAACAUAACCUAAAAUAAUUACCACCGGCACCGGUUAUGUGAACUUCAUGAACUAAAAGAAUGAUGCAAACCACUGUACCAGAUUUGAUCAUAUCUGCCGAUAAGGUAAUAGGCACCUCUCAUCCAUGCUUCAUCAUAGCAGAGAUAGGGCAAAACCAUCAAGGGGACAUCGAAAUUGCUAAGAAACUUAUCCAAAAAGCUAAGAUCUGUGGAGCAGAUUGCGUAAAAUUCCAGAAAAGUCACUUGCAAAGCAAAUUCACCCAAUCGGCAUUGAAUCGCCCCUAUGACAGUCCUCAUGCAUGGGGAAAAACUUAUGGACAACAUAAAGAAUUCUUAGAGUUCACUGCAGACCAAUAUUAUGCACUACAGGAAUUCGCGAAAGAAAUUGGCAUUCUAUUCACAGCUUCUGGAAUGGACAUUGAAUCAGUGGAUUUUCUAGCAAAUAUGAAGGUGCCUUUCAUAAAAAUUGGAUCAGGCGAUGCAGACAAUUUUCCAUUAAUAAAGCGGGCAGCCAGGACACAUCUUCCUCUCAUCAUAUCAACCGGUAUGCAGGACUACGACCUUGUAAAAAAGAUAUACCAGUGUGUGAAAUCAGUGCAUUCCAACUUUGUACUUAUGCACUGUGUCUCGUCAUAUCCCACUCCGGUAGAAGAUGUCAACCUGAGGGUUCUAGAACUCUACAGGAGAGACUUCCCAGAUAUCCACAUUGGUUAUUCAGGCCAUGAACUGGGAAUCACAAUAUCUACGGCUGCUGUUGCUCUAGGUGCUAAGGUCCUGGAACGUCACCUGACACUGGACAAAACCUGGAAAGGAAACGACCACCAAUCUUCCCUUGACCCCACCGAAUUCCAGCAACUAGUCUCAAACGUGAGACACCUGGAAAGGGCGCUCGGAACGCCUUCAAAGCAAAUACAAGGCAGCGAACAGGCCUGCAUCUACAAACUGUCUAAAAGCAUCGUCGCUUCCAAGCCAAUUAACAAGGGAGAAAUCAUCACACCAGAGAAGAUAGCUAUUAAAGUAUCAGAGCCGAGGGGAAUUAGAGCCGGCGAGAUUGAAACUGUAAUCGGAAAAAUAGCAGAGCAAGAUGUCGAUGUAGAUGAACCUAUUAUCAUAUCUACUGUACUACAAAAGUUGUUGAUUUAAAAGAAUUAUCUAUAUUAUAAAAAAGGAAAGAACUGGAAUAUUCUCGUACGGGAUAGGGAAUUCAUAAAUGAAGCAUCAUCACGUCUGAACUACUGGACUGGUUAACUUGAAAUUUUGCAUAUUGAUUCUCAAUUUACCGAGGAUGGUUAUAGGCCUAUUUUCAAUUCUUCAAGUUUUCAUUAGGACAAGUUUUCAGUUUGUCAAGUUUUAAUAGGUCCCUUGUGGAACAUGGGUUACCUGCUAGUCUAUAAUAUGAUAAGGGUAAGAACUGGCUUAAACACAUACGGGAUAGGGAAUUCAUAAAUUACGCAUCAUCACGUCCGAACUACUGAACUGAGUAGGCUAUCUUGAAAUUUUGCAUAAUGUUUCUGAAUUUUCCGAGGAUGGUUAUAGGCCUAUUUCAAAUUCUCAAGUUUUCAAUCAGACCCAUGCGAAGCACGGGUCAGUAAAAAAUAAAUUCAUUUAUAGGCUAAUCAAUAUAUCAACAAACCAUAUUUUUUAAAUUAAUACUUGAUUAAUUAAAUAUGAAGUGAUAAUUAAGUGUUAUAUUUAAAUAUAGUUUGGUGUUUUAAUUUCUCUAAAUUCAAAAUGGUUAGCUUAGGCUAUAUAUAUUUUUGGACGAAAAUUGAACUUGAACGUUUCACAGUAGAAACAUAACCUAUUUUUUGGACAUUUUAUUAAUUUAUCAAAAUUUGGGAAUUGAAUAGAUCUGGGCCAAGCCUGUUGUUCCUUCCUAAUCAUAUUUAUAUGAUUUGUGAUUCUGUCCACGAAUAAAUAAAUAUUGACUGUUAUCAUGAGUUUUCAAGAUAUUGAUAAUUUAUUGUCAUAUUGGAACUAUCUGGUAAGGUAUGAAGGUGAUAUUGUGGUAUAUAGUGAGGUCCACGUUAUAAUGGCAGUGGAUAAAGAUAGAAGAAUAGCGAUGCUGAUUCUCUGCAUUAAUUAAUUAUAUCUCUACAC